AUGAGGGAUGUGGAAUUAGAAUGGGGUGAAAAAUCGAAUGCCAGUUUUAUUAGACUUAUAGUUAAACAGUUAUCAGAAGAAGAUUCUGGAAAUUAUACAUGCAGGACUGUAACAAAUGAUUUUUUUUCUCCUAAAAUUGAAAAUACAGUUUAUGUCAGUGUUAAAAAUAAAUGUAAUGAUUCUCGAUUUUUAUGCAAUGAUGGCAUUACUGUUCCGAAAAGAUAUGUUUGUGACGGUCUGAAAGAUUGUAAACAGGGUGAAGAUGAAUCGUCUAGUUAUUGCGGACCUGGAAAUCCUUGUGACAAUAAGCUCAUGUGCCCUGACAGUCGUUGCAUACCUUUCACAUGGUGUUGUGAAUUAUACAAAGAACCUAAUUGCACCAUAAAAGUCAAACAUAGCUGUUGCUCACAUGUAGGAAAAUUAACUCGAGAUGUCGAAACUGAAGUAAGUCAUCAAUUUGAGAGAGACAUGGGAUUUUUACAAACGACAGUUUACACAGUAAUAGCAAUUUGUCGAGUACGAGUUCGUCAAACAUUUCUGACAAGAUGUCCGGCAGCAAAUAGAACGUUCGACAGAGAUGGAAACAUGUUGGGAAAUCAUCAACUCAACGGUUUAUCAUUUUACGACAUUGAUUUAUACUUCAAUCGAACGGGUUUUAACAGAAACGACAUGAUGUCUUUGGAUCCGCUUUUGGUGACGUAUAACGUUAACAACGGAGUACAGUUUGUCAGACGACCAGUCGAACCUCCGCCAUAUUGUGAAAUCGUAACGUCUCCGACCAAAGAAGGACCACCUCCACCGUACAGUUCGCACGAAGAUAUAGUCAAUAGAUUUUCGGAUCGAGUUUACGAUCACACAAAAGUCGAAGAAAUAAGAGAAGUUAACAGCGAACCGGAAGCCACGGAAUCAGAUACGUUAUUGGUAUCGAAUGAUUAUACUGUAAGAGAACAAAAUACCGUUGCCAUUGAUGACGUCAUUUCUUCAUCAGUUGACGAAACGACGGCGAAAGAGCAUAAAAAUGAUAGGAAAAUGGAGUCUCAUCCAGGUAGAAUAAACGAAGGAGAAACAUCUCGGCAAUCUGUUGUUAUUAUCAGUGACAAUAAUAAGAGUACAGAAAUUUCUAGUAAUUCCUCCACGAGGAACAAGAACCUUGUUCCAGUAUUUCCAGUGAACUUAAAAACAUUUAAACAAGCAAAAAAAUUCUAA